UACGAAUGUAUCGGAUGAGAAUCUGCUCAGUUUAGGAAAACAUGAACAACUUUUAGGAAAAAGUUCCGGCUUUUCGUCCACGGAGGGAAUCAUGAACGGAGAACCGUUUCAAAAAUUUAGAUCGCUAUUUAGAUUGGCCCCUUGUUUUUUAUUAAAUGGGGAACAAAUCCAACCUCUCAAAGAGCCAGGUGAAUUUUAUAAUCAGCUCAAGGUGCACAUUCUUUCCGCAAAAGAAAGGAUAUUUUUAGCGGCCUUAUACAUAGGAUCUAAUGAAAAGGAUCUGGUCGAAACUAUAAGAACCGCGGUCAAAAGAUCAAAGCAACUAAAGGUGCACCUAUUACUUGACUGCCUGCGAUCCACGCGAGCGGAUCAUGAUGCUUCGGAAAGUCCCGCCAAUCUUCUUGCGAUGUUGGUCAAGGAGUUUCCCGAUCAGCCGGUGACAGAGUUUGAAGAACAUGACAAACCGUAUGAAUUGGUUUUACCUCAAUUUCCAGAUCCGGUGACCGAAAGUCACCUGUUCCGCAAGUGUGCAGCGUCGGCAAUGAAGGAAUUCAUCGGUAAGUGGACCAAUAACCACGAAUUUCAAGUCAUUCAACGACAAAAGAACUCGGAGGAACGAAAAAACGAGCAGAACAACAGUUUGGAUACAAUUAUUUUUCCGGUCGUUCAGAUGGGACCAUUUGCGAUCAGGCAGGACGAAUCGGCGACGUUGUAUGUUCUCGAUGCGAUCACGAAAUAUGGGAAUCAACGUGACAAUGAUGGUGAACAAGUAUUUUUUGCAUCGGGAUACUUUAAUUUUACCCAAAAAUUUAAGGAUAAAAUAUUGAACGCCGCAACAAAACUUAGUGUGUUGGCUGCCUCGCCAGAGGCCAAUGGAUUUUUCCGUUCGAAGGGGAUGUCAAAGCACCUCCCACAGGCAUACACACUCAUAGAGAAACAAUUUUAUUAUGAUAUAUUGAAACACGGAAAGAGUCAUUUGGUGACCAUUGAAGAAUACAAAAGACCAAAUUGGACUUUUCAUGCCAAAGGAUUGUGGUAUUACAUGAGUGCACAACAGUGGCCGAGCUUGACAAUAAUAGGAUCAUCGAACUAUGGAUAUCGAUCGACUGAAAGAGACCUGGAGGCUCAAGCCAUACUAAUAACCACCAACGAAGUGCUUAGGAAAGCAAUCCAUGAGGAGCUGCAACAUCUCAGAGAGAACACCGUCACAAUAACAUCAGAAACAUUUCAGCAAGUAGAUAGAAAAGUGCCAUUCCUGGUUCGAAUUGCCACAAAAUUCAUUAAAACCAUGCUGUAG